CUUCCGGUGCUGGCGGCGGGGAGCGGAGCGGGUUGCGGCGGGGUUCUCCGUCUGUCAGGCCGCCGGGGCGGGCAGGUGUGCCCGGGACGCGGGGGGAACCGUUCCCCGGAGCUUUCAGGCUGCUUUCCCUGCGCCGGGGUAGGCGGCGAGGCAGCUGCGGUUGCCGCCGUAGCGCCCGGCCCGCAGGGACAGCCUCUCUGUCAGGGUGCUGCCGUUGGACUCCCUUCCAGAGCUGCGUGAUGAGAUCCUCAUGGAGACAGAAAGCAACUCCAGCCUCAGCCAGGACUCCCUGGCCAGUCUCACGGCGGGCGACGUGCUAAUUCACUCCACCGGUGUCCACAGGAAGAAGCCCAUCGACGCUGUGACAGGAGCUGGUGUCCGUACGAAGAAAGUGACGAUCGCUGUCAAGAAGCUUCGUGAAGUGGUUUCUCCCUGCCAGGCGGCUGUGGCUGGAGACGGAACACCCCGCGUUCCUCCAGCCUUGUUGGCAAACAGGGCUCCGUGCGGGGGGGUAACCCACGGCACCCCCCGCAGCGCGGCCCCAGGAGUCCAGCGUACUAAAGGACAUCCAGAACAUCUGCUUUCAGUAGAAAAUUCUACAGAGUCCAUGUUUUUAUCAAAAGUGGAUUAUCCUAGAGAACCUGCAGUACAAGAAGAUCCUUCACUGCUAAUGGAAGACAGCAGAAGACCUGAAGAUGAUGUUUUUAUUUCUCAAUAUGCUACUGGCCAGAAAGAGGCUUUGAGAGCAGUACUAAAGCAAAAAACUCAAAGUACUCCUGUACUUAAGGAAGUAAAGGUACAGCUCUUAGGAAAUGCCUCCACAGAAAAAAAGGAAAGUGUUGGACAAGACGCCAGGUCAGCACACAGGGAAGUAGAUUCUGCAACAACCAUUGCAGCAGCAACUGCUGCUGCCAUUGCUACUACAGCUCCACUUCUUAAAGUUCAAAAUGAUUUGGAAGCAAAAGUUAACUCAGUUUCAGCAUUACUUCAUAAACUACAGGAGACAGACAGACAACUGCAGCGUGUUGCUGAGCUGCAAACAAUUAUGAAAACUCAACAUGAGAGGCCCCACUGUCACGAAAGAGUCAAUGAGCUUGAAAAACAAAUGAAUGCUUUCAUGGUGCAACGGAUUCAGCAUUUGGAAAAGUUACAGGAGCAACAAAUGAAUAUUCAGUCUCAUCUCAUUAGCUCUGCAGUCAACAUAGGUGGCUUACAGCAAAUGCACGUAUCUUCCUCCAGUCUCAUGACAAAACAAUCUGGGAAGCCAGAACAGCAAUUGCUUACUAACGAAGUGUCUUCCUGUCAGAGGGGUUUAUUUCCUACCGGUGGUCCAGUUGCCGAAGCACAUCCAAGCCAAUUUCAAAGUUCUGGCAUUCAUACACAAAUAUCUCCUCUAAAGACACCCAUUCCUCGGAGAUACGCUCCAGAACCUGUAUCAAAAAAUGUGAAAAUCUCAAAGAAAGAAAACCCUGUAACAGAAAAGGAAAAUAUUCCCAAAUUCACAAGCAAAGGUGAAGGGAGACUUCUUGAGCAUAUUCUGAAUUCUCAAGAAAUGCCACCGAGGCAAAUUGAGUCUUCCAAGGAGGCAGCAAUAAAUAGUAAUAAAAUGAGCUGGCAUUCUGAGAGAGACAGGCACACUGCUUUGUGUACAGACUCAUUUCCUGCUGUUGAAAGCUCCUUCCAAAAUUGCAAUUCAGUUGAGAAAACGGUGAAAAAAGCAAAUGAUUUACUUCAAGAUCUUGGCCAGUUGAGAAGAGAAAUGCAUGAUGUGCUACAGGAAGCAAAUUCAUGGAAAUCAGACAUGAAUGAUCUUAUUAAGUCAAAAAACCCUACUGUUGCACCUGAUCUUCAAAUAGAUCAUCAGCUCAAUAAACCAUCCAUCCUUCAAAAUGUUAAAGUGCCAAAAUCUAUACUGAGGGAUGCUGAAAGGAUUUUGCGAGGAGUUCAAAACAAUAAAAAAGUUCUUGAAGAAAAUUUGGAAGCUGUUAUUCGCGCAAAAGAUGGAGAUGCCAUGUAUACUUUUAUUAACGCCUUGACUACAAACAGAGAUCUCUUGGAAGAGAUUCGUAUCAGGAAGACUGUGGAUGAGUGGAUUAAGGCAAUCAGUGUAGAAAUCCAGGCUGAAAUGGCAAGACAUGAUUCAGAACAAAUUAAACAUGAUCAAAAGGUCCCAUGGAUCAAGAGAGCCCAAAACAUCAAGGCUAUGAAGACCAAUAAAGAAAUUAAAGCUAAAAGUCAAAAAAUCCAAGGAUGCUCAACAAAGAAGCCUUUUUCUGCAGCUAAGCCAUUGCAGAAGCCAGCAGAAGAUAAAACAAGCAAACAGAGGGGACCUGUGAAUGGAAGUGCAGUGGUACAAAAUGAAGACUAUCUGUGCCAAGUUUAUGGGAAACCAAUUUACCAGGGCCAUCGUAGCACGCUUAAAAAAGCACCAUAUCUGAGAUUCAACUCUCCCUCUCCCAAAUCUAAACUUCAAAGACCAAAGGUGAUAGAGUGUGUUAGAGGUACAAAGGUAAAGUCAGUAAGAACACAGACUUGUUCUCGCACACAGAAGAUGGUAACCAGCCCUAAGAAACAGCAUCCUUUAUAUGCACUUGCCCAAGAAAAUCAGUAUCUCUUUAGUCCAAGUAGAGAUGUUCCUGCUGUCUGCGGUCCGCUUGAAGGCCACCUAAUUCCUAUGGCUAUUCCACUGGGUCAAACCCAAGUUAGCGACAUCUCAUUGCAGCCUGCUGGACUAGUUAUAGGUAAACCACACCCUGUUACAGUUACAACCUCUCUUCCUCAAGUGUCACAAAAAUCACCGGUUGAGAUAAAAAAACCAAACAUAGCUGUAAUAGAGAUGAGAUCAGAGAAAAAGGAUCCACCUCAACUGUCUGUGCAGGUGUUACCAAAUGUAGAUAUUGAUAGUGUUUCAAGUGACAGUGUGAGUGUAAACCACGUUCUUCCAGGCUCUGAACCUGCACUUCCUCCCGUCGAUGCUGUAAUACAGAGUCCAGAAGAUAUACCUAGUGAGGAGGAAGACAUAAAGUUUCCGGGAACUAAUUUCGUCAGUGUUUCUGAUGUCAUGGAGGAUCAGGAAGAGGAGAGGGAUGAAGUUGCAGAAUUCUGUGAGCCUCUUCUGGAGCUUAAUGGGCAGUUUAAAGUUGCCUCACCAAAAUACAACGGUCCUUUGUUUCCUCCAGUGGCUUCCGCUCCUCAGCAGUCUUCUGAUAUUUUGGAUGAACUGAUUGAAAGGAAAGAAACUGUAGAAGACAGGUUGAUAAAUUGGGUCGAACAAGAAAUAAUGGCAAAAAUUAUCAGUGGGAUGUACCCGGUUCAGAAAGAAACAGUGCUCAGUGUUAGCGCCUCAGAGAGUGAAGACAGUGAGACUGUAAACUCUGACAUCGUUGAAGUUGCAGGUGGUAGAGGACUUCAACUCUUUAUCAAUGCUGGCGUGCCUGUGGACUCAGAAAUGAUAAGUCAUUUCGUAAAUGAAGCUCUCAGUGAAACAAUUGCGACCAUGCUGGGUAACAAGCAGGCUCAGAAAGCAGUUCCUGCUACAAAUGUUCUUCCAAGCACAACAAUUAUGAUGGAGUCUCUUGUGCCUACUCCAUUGCCAACACCCCAGGCCACACCACCACAAACACCACCUUCAGAAAAAGAAUUGCCUCCGGUCAAAACUCCAGAAUCUUCUCUAUCUCUUACAGAAAUGAGUGGGGAUGUUUGCGAACAUGAAAAAAUUAAAGAAACAGGAGUUGAGAUUCCAGCUGCCGCUAGUCGUGUUGGCACACCUGUGGUUACCCCUGUCAAUACACCUCCUGGAACAACUACACCAAGCCCUUCUGCCUCAGAACAGGUCUCUGAAGCUGCAAAAAUGGAAGGUCCAAAGCCUCCAAACCCAUGGGAUGAUGCAGAACUUCCUCUGGAAGAGGAGAAACCCAGUCCUUUAACUGAAGAACCAUUCCAUCCCAAGCCUGUUGAGAUGUCAGUGGCUAACGAUGAGGAACCAGAGGCCUUGAUUUUACCACCUCGGCAGUCAUCAGCAAGGCCCUUCGAGUCGCGUCCUUGCGAUCCACAGGUCCCGUCACCUGUGCCUACCCUUAGUUCUGGGCAGUCCACGCAGGACAACAGCCUUACCCUCACGGAAACAGAAACUGCAGACAGACCCAUCUCAGAAGGGGAGGUACUCUUCAGCUAUGGACAAGUGCUGGCUGCAAGAGCCUUAGCAGGAGGAGGACUCUCUCUUCCAGAUCUCACUGGGAGCUUAACGAGUACUUUAAGAGAUGCCAAUGAAAUGGAUUAUGAUCCUCCCAGUGAAGGGCAAGUGGUGAGAAGACAGAAUAAAGGCUAUCACAGGGAUCCUGUUCUGGCUCUUUUAGCCAAAUUAAAUCAAGCACCUGUUGCUGCACAAGAAGGAAUGUACCAUUUGGAGGAUUCUGAUGAUAGUGUUGGGGAGCUCAGUGAAGGUCAAAGACCGAGGCUGACCAGAGUAGCAGAGAGAAUCCUAAUGGGACAUUCAGUUUAUAUGGACCAUCCAACUGCUCGAACUUCUGAGAACAGACCACACCAGUGCUUCCGUUCUCUGUCGCCAGGGCAGCUUGCCCAAAUUGGAGCAGAAAUUCUUGGAGAUGGAGAUACAAGUAGUGGUCCAAUGCGUAUGGCUGAACUGGAAUCUCAACCAGUUUCAGAUCCUGUUCUGCAAGCAGCCCAGCCAAGCUGCAGAGUGAUGUCUCUCUCAGAGGAUCUGUCCCAGGAGGAAAAACAAGGAGCUGCACAAGUUGAGACUGUGAGACCCCGAGUUAUUCAUGUGAGGAGGAAGUCUGAAGAGAUGCAACAAGAAGAUAACCAUGGAGACGUGGAUCAGACACACAUUGGCACAAAUACGUAUCUCACAUCUUUACUUAUAGGAGAGGACGCUGCCCCACAUUUAAAUCCACAUGUUUCUGCGGCAAAGGUGUCAGUGAAGCUGCCUUCCAUGAAUACAGAUAACCAAACAGAGAGCACGAGUAGUAUACAUGGCGAUUCAGAUUCUUCAGGGACAGAUACAUUUUAAACUUUACAGGUUUUUAUGACCGUCACUGUCUGAAGAUUUUGUCGUAGGUACAUUUGUCUGCCUAGUGUGGUAGUCUGGGUGCUUUGUCAAAAUACUGGUCUUUUAGUACUGUUUAUUUUCUACUAUUUUUCUUAUAAUUUUGUUAUGAUUAUAAAUUUAGGCAAUGAUUCUGUGAAUAUAUCAAAUAUUUUUAAGCAAAUAAAAUGCAGUUCUUUCAGAAUCGUGAGUUUAAAUCAAUAAACGUGAAGGCCAUUUAACUAUUUAUUGUAAGUACAGAUGAAGGUGGAAGUGAUUGGUGUUAAAAUCCAUGGCACAAGUCUGCCUUACUGAUGGAAAAAAAUGCUUCGCUCAAUAUAAUGUCACUACUGUGACAGAGGAAAAUAUAUUGGACACCAAGGUUUGCAAGAAAAUUGUGUUCCUAGAUAUCUUCAGAGCUUGUUCAUCCUUAGAUCACAAGACAAUUCAAAAUUGUAUGUAAAAGAGACCAUUAGAGUUUGUAUUGUUAUUAUGAGGAAUUUCUUUUUUCAGAAUUGCAAG